UUUGAUGAGAAUGAUUCAGACAUCGACUUCACGGGCUUUGAGGCCAGGCGGGAUGAAGAAAGCGACAGCGAAAGUGAGGAAACAAGCAGCGAAACAAGCGAGGAUUCCACCGAAACAGAAACUCCAUGGACGAUCGAACUUUCAAACUUUGAAGUGAGCGAGUUCUCUGGUGAACCUGGAUUACGUUUAAACCCUCCGGACGAUGCCAAGGCGGACCAUUAUUUCUUAAAAGUUUUUGGAGAGCAAACAGUUGAUCUGAUAGUCGAAGAAACUAAUCGAUAUGCACUGUACAGUGAAAAGAAAAAAGAAAGGAAAUUGAGAUCGUGAAGCCACGCGUUUCGGAUGUUUACACAGCGAACAUGGGCGGUGUUGACCGAGUAGAUCAACUUCGCUCGUAUUAUUAUGUUGGAAGGCAGUCGAGAAAGUGGUACAAAUAUCUGUUUUGGUUUUCUUUUAAUUUGGCUGCCUGUAACGCUUAUAUUUUAGAGUCCGAAAGCCGUGUGAAACGUGCACAAGAUCUUUUCCGUCUUGAGUUGGGAAAGCAACUCAUCCGCAAUUUCAACUCCAGAAAACGACCCGCAAGCGACGCUUUGCCGCUUGUCUCUCGGACCCCAUUGACCCAUAUUUCCACCAAGAUCGACGGCCGUAAGAGGCAGUGCGUCAACUGCAAGGCUAAAGGGAAGAAAACUCCCAAAAACUAUCCCAUUGAAACAAAAUUUAUGUGUCAACAGUGCGGAGUUGCACUCUGUCAAGACCAGUGUUUCUGCGACUACCACAAUGAAAUUUGA